UCAGUCAAUGCCACAUCUGUCUUCACAGACUUCAGAGUUCCUCCUGACAUCGCAAAACUGUUCAGUGAUGCUUCAGUGAAACCGGAGGAAAUCAGGAUGUGGACGUGGAUGCUUAUUUAUUAUCUGGGACUAAACAUCUGUCAGGCAACUGCACAAGGAAACUCAACACAAAUGUAUUAUGUCAAAUUGAAAAUAGACGCAAACGCCAUCGAAAAUGUAACCAAGAUUCUGCCGACGCCUUUUGUGACCAACUCCUCCCUGAAACUUGACAGAGUGGAAAUAACAACAAUCUGUGAGCAUGUCAAUAAGAGGCCAGAGUGUACGUGUCAGUCAGGCUACAAAUGGACCGACGUCGUCUGCAAACAACACUCCUGUUGUGGGAAUGAAACCUGCACCUUCCCCACAAACACACCUGGCAUGUGCACUCCAGAUGCUACAGUCUCCGUUGAUGGAUCACUGACGCUGACAGGACCGGAGUAUCGAGGCUGUCUCGCAGAAAAAACAACUAAACAAUUUAAGGAGUGUAAUAAGAACCUGACCACAAAGAUGACAGAAGUUUACAGCACUUUGAAUGGAUUUGACAAUUUAACAAUUAACAAAUACAGUGUUGGAAGUGUCAUCGCCCACUUUGCAAUGACAGUUCUUUCCUCUUUUGAGCCGGCAUUUCUGGGAAAUCUAACCAAACAGUUGGCAACUAACCUGAAGUCAUCAUUUCAUUUGGAGACUGCAGGUGUGGUCAGUAUAAGUAAUCCACCAAACCCUGUACACUACAGUUCGAGAGUCGUUGUCCAAUGCACAGUUCCCUUUAACUUAAACACUGACCCGCAGUGGAACAUCAAAAACGAAAAGGUUCAGGACAUUACUAAUGGCUCCGAGGCCACCAUAAUCUCCACUACAAGAAACACCACUGUCACUCUUGACAACAUGUCUGAACGAUGGAAAGGAGAGUACUCAUGUACUUACAUAACACAGCAAACCUCUGUCACCAUAUCUCAUAAAGCCAGCACCAAAAUCGAUGUAUGCCUCAAUCAAAACAUUGACACGACCACAACUCCAGCAUUUCCUCGAUGCAAGGAAAACUCUGAAUUAGUAUCUGUGACAGCCAAGUGUACCUUAAAAAAGACCUAUGAAAACUAUACUGUGGACUGGAAAACUGAAAACAUCUCAACUAACAUAAAAGAACUGGGCAAUUUUUCUUCUGGUUCAACCAUAACAUACUCAGCUGAAACACAUGUUAGCUGUGGCAGUAAAGAAAUACCCAGCGUUAUCUGUACUUUUCAGAACAGAUGCAAUCAGACAAGCACUGGAAUCAUUAAGAUUGUCAUUAUAUCUGUCGGUGAACUUUUCUGUGAGGCUCAGGGCGGCUGGCCGGACACCAAAGCUGGUCACUGCGCUGUGUUAACAUGUCCAACAGGGAUUGGACAGAGACAAAGGAAAUGCACACAAAAGGGAAAAUGGGAGGAGGAGGAGUCGAUGUGUGUCAACCAGAAACUUCAUGGAGUUCUGCAAAGUGCAGUCGUUGUUGGAAGUGGACUUGGUGCACUGGACGAAAAUGUUGCAGAAGUACUUUCCAGUUUUCAGGCUGCCACCAAUAACACCAGCAGCAUCAACAGUGCUGCCAACAUUGAUACAUCUGUAGAAAUACUUCACACUUUAAGAGAAAAUUUAACAGAAAUAAAUAAUGAAAGAACAGCCAAUGAUCUUCUACAGGCAUCCAGCAAUUUGCUGGAAAGCUCUCUUGAAAAUUCAUGGAAUACAACAAGAAACACAGGAAAAACACCGGCUGGGAAAUACCUGGAUUCUGUUGAACACUUCAUUGAAAUCAUGAAUGUCACAAAAGAUAACAAAAAAGCCAAUUUAGAGCUGGCCGUCUGUAAUAGCACACAACAUUCAGUGUACGAGAACAAGGUGUUCAAUGUCAGCGUCUUUCUGACUGGCUCAAAUUUGAGCCAAGUCAAAACAGCAGGCUUUAAAAACCUGCAACGGUAUCUCCCCUACAAUAACGGCUCUGAGCCCAACAGCAUUGUUGUGUCAACGACUACUCAAAGCAAACAACACAGUGAUGUUGAGAUUAAAAUUAACUUUAAAUUGCUGAAUCCGAGGCCUCCCAACGUCGAGUUACAGUGUGUGUGGUGGGACACGUCUAACGCACAGUGGUCACCCACAGGCUGUAAAUGGGAAGGUCCGUUCAACGAAGGCCAGUGUGUCUGCACUCAUUUGUCUUCAUUUGCUAUUCUUAUGUCAAAGGUUCCAGUAAAGCUCCCUGGGUUGACUGAGAUCACUUACGUGGGUCUGUCUGUAUCCGUCGUGUCACUGAUUAUCAGCCUUCUUAUAGAAUUGAUUGUCUGGAGUCAUGUGGUUAAGACCAGUGGAUUAUAUUUACGCCACACUGCCCAGAUCAACAUUUGUCUCUGUUUGCUCAUUGCAGAUGUUUGUUUUUUAGCGUCGUCUGAGCCCAAGACUAUUUCCUCCAUCUGGUGUCAGACUUUUGUGGUGUUGAAGCAUUUCUUUUACCUUUCCAUGUUCUUUUGGAUGUUGUGUCUGAGCAGCACACUCCUUCACCGAACAGUCUUUCCUUUUCAUGAAGUCAGCAAGAAGAACUACUUGAGGUUUUCCAUCAUCCUGGGCUACGUUUGUCCUUUGCUCAUCGUUUUCAUCACAUUUCUUACUAAUAAGGGUGGAAAGGCUGGUCAUUACUUCUCCCGUGACACUUGCUGGCUGAUAUAUUCUGGGACCCUGAAAGGUUCCCUCCACACAUUCCUCAUACCAGUUGGAAUAAUCGUUUUUGUCAGCGUGUUUUCCAUGCUGGUGGUAAUCAUGAAGCUUUUGGGUCAGACCAACAACGCAGAUAAGUGUAAUCAGAUCGAUAAGAAUGCUGCCAAAACAGUGGUGAGAACGGUUGUUCUUCUGACUCCGAUCUUUGGUGUGACAUGGAUUUUUGGAUUUGGUGUAACGUAUCUUGACCUCACACAUGGAGACAUGGCCUCUGUGGUCAAUUAUGCCUUUACUCUGCUCAACUCUUUCCAGGGUUUGUUUAUUUUGCUGACCAUAAACCUGGGGGAAAAACCGACACGUGAAGCCCUGAUGAAUUACAUCACAAAGAAAACUCCAACAUCCGUUAAUGUCAGUACCACCAAAGUGGACUUGACACCAUCAUCAUCAUCGAAGAAGUGAAAAUCACCACAACCUGUAAAAUACCUGGAAAUGUGUCUGUCAUCCAUGUCAAGGAUUCACAUAUUUAACCCAUAAAGACCCAAUGCUACUUUUGUGGCAGAUCCAAAAUAUUUUUUUCUCUAUAUUUAACUGGUUUCAAGUGAUUUAUCACCAUUUAUUAUAACAUUAUCCUCUGUAUUUU